AUGUCGGUUGUUAUUGUUGUUAUUUAUGGAGCUAGAUUAACCAUCAAUGGUCACAUGACAACCGGUGCUCUUACGUCAUUCAUCUUAUACAGCCUUAGAGUUGGCUCGUCAGUCUCUGCCUUGUCAGGAUUAGACACAACUGUAAUGAAGGCAUCGGGUUCAAGCCGUAGAGUUUUUCAACUUCUUGACCGUAUUUCCUCGAUGAAAAAUUCAGGGAACAAAUGUCCAAAAAAUGAAAAUGAUGGGGAAGUUGAGUUAGACGAUGUCUGGUUUGCAUAUCCUUCUCGUCCUUCUCCUCUGAUUCUUAAGGGAAUCACAUUGAAGCUAGCUUCAGGCUCAAAGGUUGCACUUGUUGGGCCAAGUGGUGGUGGAAAUACUACAAUUGCAUAUUUGAUUGAAAGGUUCUAUGACCCUAUAAAGGGAAGGAUCUUGCUAAAUGGAGUGCCUCUGGUAGAAAUUUCACAUCAAUAUCUCCAUCAAAUACUAUUAGUAAGCAUAGUUAGCCAGGAGCCUACACUCUUCAACUGCCCCAUUGAAGAGAACAUUGCUUAUGGAUUGGAGGGCAAAGCGAGCUCCGCCGACGUUGAGAACGCGGCUAAAAUGGCGAACGCGCAUGACUUCAUACCUUCAGUCAACAUGAAAACUGAAAGAGGUUCAUAA